UUCUUUCUGAAGGACAGAGAAUAAAUAGAGGGGGAGGGCGAUGGAGAAGUGAAGGAGGCAGGCACUUGAUCACUCGUUCACAUGAAGCGGAAGGGAGCUGAUCCUCCUCAGUAGAUCACCCUCAGGAUGAACCACAGACCGCUGGCUGCUGGGAGUUGUCCAGCUGGUGAUGCCUGCAGCUCCAGAGCCCGGAGCCGGGACAACCUGCUCAGCUACGAUGACUUUGGAGAGGAGUUCUGCUGCGCUGGACGAUGUCUGGGCUGUGACAGGCAGCUCACUUGUCGCCUCAGUGCUGCUAAACGACGCCAGGCCCUGCGAGGUCCAGCCUACAUGUUCUCUGCUCCCUCCUUCAGUCUGUCAGAGGUGGAGCAGCGUUUCCUGGAGGCAGCUGAAUACGGCAACAUUCCAGAGGUGCGCCGCAUGCUGCUCCACAUGCCCAACCUGAACGUCAAUGCUGUGGAUUACAUGGGACAAAAUGCCCUGCAGCUGGCUGUGGCCAAUGAACAUCUGGAGGUGACGGAGCUUCUGCUGGGGAGGACAGACUUAGCCAGAGUGGGUGAUGCCCUCCUCUUAGCCAUCAGCAAGGGCUACAUCCGUAUCACAGAGGCCUUGCUCAGUCAUCCUUCAUUCAGAGACGCUAAUCGUCUGACAGCGAGCCCCGCCCAAGUAGACAUGAUGGAUGACUUCUAUGCUUACGAUGAAGAUGGAACAAGGUUUUCUCAUGAUGUGACUCCAGUCAUACUUGCAGCUCACUGUCAGGAGUAUGAGAUCGUUCAUACCCUGCUGAGUAAAGGCGCCCGCAUCGAUCCUCCUCAUGAUUACUUCUGUGGCUGCGACUCGUGUAACUACCACCAGCAGUAUGACUCGUUCAGCCACUCACGCUCAAGGAUCAACGCCUACAGGGGUCUGGCCAGUCCUGCUUACCUCUCUCUAUUCAACGAGGACCCAGUGUUGGCCGCUCUGGAGCUCAGCAACGAGCUGGCCAUGCUGGCUGACAUUGAGAAAGAAUUUAAGAAUGACUACAGUCGUCUGUCAAACCAGUGUAAGGAUUAUGUAGUGGGUCUUCUGGAUCUGUGUCGCAGCACAGAGGAAGUGGAGGCCAUCUUGAAUGGAGAAACGUUCUGCGAAGACACCUUCGAUGUUGCGGGUCGACCCCCUCUCACAAGACUCAAACUAGCCAUUAAAUAUGAACUUAAAAAGUUCGUAGCUCAUCCGAACUGUCAGCAGCAGCUGCUGAGUAUCUGGUAUGAGAACCUGCCUGGUCUGAGACAACAAACUACCGCUGUCAAGCUGCUGGUGGUUCUGGCCGUGGCUGUCGGACUGCCUGGACUGGCUGUGGCUUACUGGGUCACUCCCUGCAGCAGAGUGGGAAAAGUUUUGCGCAGCCCCUUCAUGAAGUUUGUGGCCCAUGCCUCAUCCUUCACAGUAUUUCUGGGUCUGCUGAUCCUGAACGCCGCUGACCGUUUUGCAGGUACCACCAUUUUGCCAAACAUGACCCACCAUCAGCAGCAACCUGGAGGUCUCCAGUUUAAGUCUGAUCCAUUGCUGCUCUACCGUAAAACCACCACCCCCUUCACCUGGAUGGAGAUCCUCAUCAUUUCCUGGGUCAUGGGUAUGAUUUGGGCGGAAGUGAAAGAGAUCUGGAGUCAGGGACCAGAAGAAUACCUGGUUGAACUGUGGAACUUCCUGGACUUUGGGAUGUUGGCCAUAUUUUUGGCUUCGUUCAGCUGUCGCUUCUCUGCUAUGAAACGAGCUGAUUUGGCCCAGAGCUUUGUUUACCAGCACAACAAAACUCUCGACAAACUGCCUCCAGAGGUGGAAUACUUCACCAAAGCACGUAUCCACUGGAUGCCAUCGGAUCCUCAGCUCAUAUCGGAAGGCCUUUACGCCAUCGCAGUGGUGCUGAGCUUCUCUCGGAUUGCUUACAUCCUUCCAGCCAAUGAGAGCUUUGGUCCUCUCCAGAUCUCCUUAGGGAGAACCGUCAAAGACAUCUUCAAGUUCAUGGUCAUCUUCCUCCUAGUCUUUCUGGCGUUUAUGAUUGGCAUGUUCAACCUGUACUCUUAUUACCUGGGAGCGAAGCAGAAUGAUGCCUUCACCACUCUGGAGGAGAGCUUCAAGACGUUGUUCUGGGCCAUAUUUGGACUGUCUGAGGUCAAAUCUGUGGUGAUCAACAAUGGACACAAGUUCAUUGAGAACAUUGGUUAUAUACUGUACGGGGUUUACAACGUCACCAUGGUGAUAGUGCUGCUCAACAUGCUCAUCGCUAUGAUCAACAGCUCCUUUCAGGAGAUAGAGGACGAUGCAGAUGUUGAGUGGAAGUUUGCUCGAGCCAAACUUUGGUUUUCCUAUUUUGAAGAAGGAAGAACGCUUCCUGUACCCUUCAAUCUGGUUCCCAGUCCCAAAUCCACACUGAGGCUGGUAACGGCCAUGAAGUCCAAACUCAAGCAGCUUGUUCACAGAAGCAGGGAGAAGAAUCCAGGGACACAACUCAAUCAGCUUGGGGAGAGAAAAAAAUCAGUAUAUGGAAGUUCUGACAACGGCACAAGAUAUCAAAAGAUCAUGAAGCGCCUGAUCAAGCGUUACAUCAUCAAAGCUCAAGCAAACCGAGAGAGUGACGAGAUCACUGAAGGAGAGCUGAAAGAUAUCAAGCAGGACAUCUCUAGUCUGAGAUACGAGCUGCUGGAGGAAAAGUCCCAGAACAUGGAGACACUGGAUGUACUGUUGGGAAGGCUGGGACAGAUCGGCCCAUCUUCAUCCUGACUCACAGCUCUGUGGAAAUGUUCAGAUGUAAUUUUGUGGCGUUUCUAAAGAAAAUCUCUGCGUUAGGUAUACAGUAUUACUAAGAAACGUUCAAAAGUAAGAUGUGGAGACAAAAGGUCAAGUUUUCAGCUUCUAACGGCAUCCGGCGCCGCUUUGCCUUUGCUCACCACAGCGUGAGGACAACUCAUGGGUUUAUCUUCGUACCGUUAGUUCAGACUUUCUGUUCUAUUUGCCACGUUAGGACGUCUGUGUUGUGGUCGUGAUUCUUGCUGCUUGUUUUUCUUCUAUCAAAGUUUAAUAAACACCCAAAAUACCUAAAACUGCA